UAAACGAGUCAUAAUAUGUCAAGCGACAUUUUCUAAUUUUUAAUUUUAUGUACUCAUUUCGAUUCUCGAGUUCCCAUUUUCACAAACAAAACUUGUGAUUUACAUAAUAUAAUAACGAGUCCAUAACAAGCUCCGUUUUAAAUGUCUACCUGAGGAUCUAAGCAUUUGGUUGGAACUCAAAAGUUAUUCAUCACACAGAAGUUUUGUAACUGUUGUUAUUGGUGUCCACAGUGAAUUGUUGGUGAAUUAUUGUGUUAACAAGACUUGAUUGAUUACUAAGCAUCGAGUUAAAGUUGAUUGGAACUAAUAAGAUGUGGUAUGUUUGAGGAAUGUCGUCCGUGCACUGUGUGGUGGUAUGGGAGUGGCAGCACGAGGGACAGUGGCUGCCACACUCGCCCGGGGUGGCACGGACCCUGGAGAGGGCCCAUGCUAAGAAGCUGACUCGAGUUGUGCUGUCGGAUGCGGAGCCCGCACUCAAGGGACACUAUGUCAACCUGCGCACUCUCACACAGAGCUCAGACACACCAGGAGUGGGCGAGUGUGCAGUGCGUCGCGCGUGCUACAGCGUGCAGUCGCCGGGCGGGCGCGGCGCGCGCUGGGAGUGGGCGCGCCUCGCCGACCCGCCGCGAGCCGCUGAACUGCGAUAUGAUCCCCUGCCUAUGGAGGUGCAAUGUCGGCUGGAGGAAUCGUGGACGGUAGGCUCAGAGGCGGUGCAAUGGGAGGGCUGGCUGCUGUGCCUGUGCAGUAUGACAGCGCGAGGGCCGCGGGGAUGCGCAUUGCGGCUGUUGCGUAGGGCCGCGCACCCGCCCUACCCACUGGUGAGGUCAGAGCCGCCGCCCGCACCCGCGCCUCGCGCCGCGCUGCCGCCGCCGCCCGCGCCUCCCGACCGACCGCACGUCGACGGUCGGAGACCAAGAAUACCUCAACAGCACACAGGUUCCAGUGUACACUCAGUGCAAUCAAUUCAGUCCAUACAAUCCAUACAAUCUGCCAAAUCUGUACAAUCAGCCAAAUCAAUGCAGUCUGCCAAAUCAAUACAGUCAUCAAAAUCUGCACCGCCCAGAGACAGGUGUGGAGCCAGGAGUGCGUCGCCCAAGGAUAGGAAACCAGGAUUGGCUCGACAGAUUCUGCACAACCUUAAUAUAUUUAGUAGUAACAACAACAAAACAGCAGCAGUAGUGAUGGAGCAGCAGCAAAGUGUGGACGAGCAGCGACACACCGACACUGAGUGUAGCAGCACUAGGUCCGGCCGGCGACACAGCGUCGACACAGUGUCCACCUACCUCAGCCACGAGAGCAAAGAGAGCUUGCAGCAAGCGUCAGUGGGCGAACUGCUCAACUGCAGUGCGGGAAGCGACGAUGUGUUCGAGCCCACGCCUAAACACCACUCAGACCAACUGGUUUCCACUCACGACAGGAAUAUGGAGUGCAAACUGAGUUCCGACUUACACGAUCUAACCCUCGGUAUAUCGGGGACGUCGGAGAGCGAGGGGGACCCGACGGAGGGGGACGGGGAGACGUGGGAGGGGAUGGAGGAGGAGGGGGAGGAGGAGGUGUGGCGCUGGGUGUCGGAGGUGUCCCCACAGUGGGGUGCGCUGUGCUGGGUGUGCGCGCGCCCGCUGGCGGACUCGCGCGCGCAGCACGUGCGCGUGGUGGCGCUCGCGUGCCACCACGUGCUGCAUCUCAGGUGUCUGCGCGCGCAUCUCGACCGACUGAGGGAGCGAGGGGAGAGCGCGUACAUCGAGUGCAUCGUGUGCGGGCACGAGUUCGGGCGCCGCUCGCCGCGCGUGUUCGGCGAGCAGCCGCCCGGCUCCAUGGCGUGGCGCCGCCAGCCCGCCUGCCUGCCCGGACACCCGCCCGACACCGCCUCUAUACUCGUCACCUACAAUUUCCAGUCCGGCAGACAAGGCCCGCGACACCCGAUGCCGGGCGCGCCCUACUACGCCGUGGGCUUCCCCCGACACUCGCUGUUGCCGGACACACCUUUGGGCAGAGAGGUGUUGUCGGCACUGCGCGCGGCGUGGGAGCGGCGCGUGCUGUUCACGGUGAGCGCGUCGCAGACGACGGGGCGCGAGCACGUGGUGGCGUGGCGCGUGCCGCCGCCGCCCGCCGCGCCGCAGCACUACCUGCCGCCGCACCCGCCGCGUCCGCUGCCCAGGCUGCUGGCCCACCUCUCCAGGCUGCUGCGCGAAACUGACAACGAGUGAUGCUUGCCUCCACACCACUAACAUUCCUUACCACAGUGACCUUUCCGACACUUACAACAUGUACAUGUAGCUUUCACUUAAAUACUUUUCAAUAUUCGGUAUUAUAUUCGGUAUCUGCAUUGGGCCAGCAUUGACAUGCUGAGCGGUAUACCCAUCUGCCGCCGCAUCCGCUGCCCACCUCUCGAAGUUGCUGCGUGAAACAGAACGAGUGAUGGUUACCUCCACAUGCUCAACACUACUAACAUUCCUUAGUUCUCCAACAAUUAUGACAUGGUCCUUUAACUUAUAGGCAUUUCCCACAUCCUUGUAUGUAACAUGAUUUUUGUAACGUUAUGAAAAGUGAGUUUUCGAUCUUUUACGGAAGUAUCACAUAGUUUUAACUUUUACCGACUUCACAAAACGAAGUUAUAUUUCCAAAGGUUAUGGAUACUUUGUCCUUUCAAUAUUUCAGACUAAAGAAGUUUCAUUAAGAAAACUAGACUGGAAAAGAUCUGCAUUUAUCAGCUAAAUAUUUCCAGUAUUAUUUUUAACGUAUAUCUCAAACUUUUGUUCUAUUAAUGUGUAGUAUUAGGUUGGUGUGUAUUACAGACAGACGUAGUAUAUUAAUAAAAUAAUUAAAUUAUUUUAUUGUUUAACUAAUUUAAGUUUUGCAACGAAUCUAUUAUAAUGUGUUACAGUUUUUUUGUACAGUUUACACCAAAUGUUGCAUGAUUUUACAUAGGUAAUGUGUGUUAAAGACCAAUAUAUUUUGUAAAUAAUAUGUAAUACAAAACUAGGUUAUAACAAGAUGACAAUCACAAUUUAUUGAAUAAACUAACAAAUAGAUACGAUACGUUACGUCCCGAUGUUAGUGAAAAUCAAUUUCAUAAUAUUUUUUAUUUAAUUAAACUUUUACGAGUACUUUUGAACUUACAAAUUCUUUUUUUUAAAUGGCUGAGCAGUGACGAAUACUUCCUAUGUAUACAAAUCAAAGCUUACCUUAAAAAAGUUUUAAGAUUUGUAUUAGAUAUGGGUUUUAUCUGACUGAUCUGGUCAAAACCCUGUCCUCACUGCUGGACUAAAUAUCAAACUCGUCUUCCAGAUUUUUGUGAUACUAUCUCAUUAGUGUUCAUGGUCUUCCAAGAUUAUUCCAUUAGAACUUAUGGUCUUCCAACACUAUACAAAUAAAUACAUACUUAGUUAUUAAAUUAAUGGUAAUUUUUAACUUUACAUCUUUUUAUUAUAUUUAAGACUGACUCAAAUACGAAUAUUCUGAAAAUAUUUACAUUAUUUAAUCUAUAUUUUAGAUUAUAAUAUAGAUCUUGCCAGUAAGUGCCUUAGUAUAAAAAUAUAAGUAUACUAUGAAACGGUUACAUAUUAGAGGUAAUUAAAACACGAGUGUGUGUAUGCAAAGAACGAGUCGCCACGCGAGUUUUUAAUAUUAUCACACGAGUGUUUUAAUACCUAAUUAUUUAGAAUUUCAUACACUAUUAUAUCUAAACUCAUAUCUUUAUAACCAGACCAUAAAAUCUUGGUGACAUUUGUCAUAUCUUUUUCUUGAUUUUGCUGCCAAAAUAGUUUCAUAAUGAUUUUUUUUUUAUAGAAUUCUGUGAUUAAAGUAUGCCAAUAUAUGGCACAUUUUGAUUUCAUAAUCAGGAUUUUAAGAUACGAGAGUAGAUAAAUAUUAUUAACUGUAUUUGUAUAUAAUGUAUGUACACGUCACGUAAGUUGAUAAAGGAAGUGGAGGUAGAUGUGUCAGGCGUUACCGUGCAUUCACAUAUUCACCAUCGUGGCGGUUAUUGUCAUCGACAUGUCGCGAAUAAUCACGCCAUUGCAGGGUUGCGAGACGAAACCGGAGUCGAAUAAACAAAUCUCCUCCUGGUUCACUACUCGUCGCACCUUCUCAUGCGAAUGUGUAAAUGCACCUUUACAUUCUGACGCAAUUUAGAUUUCGUAGCUUUUAGUAAAAGCUCAUUUUUGUGUGCUUAGUAUGAGAUUUCAUUUCACCAGCAUUCAAAACAAUAGCGUCAGAUCAAAAUGGACCUCAAGGCCUUCGAUUUCAAGUUUAAAAUCCAGCACCAUCGAUUUUAAUUUCGCAAGGCUUUAAAAUCGGUGGUACUGAAUUUUUUACUUUAAAUCAAAUACUUUAGGUUGAUUUUAAUUUGAUGUUAUUAUGUUUUUCUCUCGAAUUUAUUAAAUUAAAAUCUUAUACUAAGAAGAAAAAGAAAAAAAUUAUCUUUUUCCACAAUAUGUCAUGUUUGCCUUUAUGUUCGUCAUUUAGGAAACAUAGUAUCAACUUCCGUGACUUUAUGUGUAACAAGCUAUAUCAGUCUGUCUUCCUUUAACAGAUCUUCCGAAGAAAAGCUUUACAAGUUACGAUGAAAUGUUUUUAUUGUAUAAGUACCUAUAAGCAUUUUACAAGAACUUAAAUGAACCUUUUAAAUAUUAUUGAAUAAAUAAGUAAAUAAAUUUACACUAUA